AUGGAUAUUUCUCAGCUUGUGAUUUAUAUGCAGCAAGUUGAAAAAGAGAAGAAGAAGCAAGAUGAAAUUGAGGAGAAACAGAGUAAGAAGUUUUGCUACUCGAAUCAGGGUGGAGGUCAGCAGCAAAGUGAAAAGUGUUGGUCCCAGGGCAACGUGCCUAGUCUCAUGCUAGUAAAGGAAGGGAGGAACAAGUGCAGUCAGGUGCAUUGUAGUAUUUCUGAAGAAGGGAGGAACAAGUGCUUUAGAUGUAGUCAGAUUGGUCAUAUGCAGAGAGAUUGUCCUUUUAGGGUUGCUUCUGGGGAAAACAAGAUUCCAAUUACGGAUGCAUUAGUUUCUGCACCAAAAGGUGUUACUUCUGCUUCUGGUUCAAUCACUGGUCAAAACUGUCUCUAUGCCCUCACUAGUCAUCAGGAGUUCGAGGCAUCCCCUGAUGUUGUUACUGUCCUGACAUUUUAG